AUGAAAUUACUCAUUGCUUUCUCUCUCCUGAUUGUUCUCACUGUAUUCCAGGAACAAAUUUCUUGUUUCUCUUUAAAUUUACCUGCUUCUCCUGGCUACUAUCAAGAUGGGGAUUUUCUUAUUGGAGGACUCUUUUCCCUUAGAGUGACUGCUGGGAACACUAGAAGUAGAUUUGGCUUUAAAGAUACAAUCUAUAUACCGGAAUAUGUUUAUGCGGAUCUCACCAAACAUUAUCAGCACAUGUUGGCAAUGGUUUUUGCUAUAGAAAAAAUCAACAAGGACCCAAAUAUUCUAUUCAACAUGUCCCUGGGAUUCUAUCUCUUCAAUGUUGAUUUCAUUGAGAUGAAGGCUGUGGAGAGUUCUAUGUCUCUGCUCUCAGGAGAGAGCCCCCCAGUUCCUAACUACAGCUGCAGGCCUGAGAAGACUGAUAAGCUGGUUGCUGUGAUAGGAGGCAUGUCAACAGGAAUAUCAACUCAGAUCUCCCGAGUUCUAAGUCUCUACAAUGUCCCACAGAUCAGCUAUGCUCCUUUUGACCAGAGUCUUGGGACCAGAGUUCAGCUCCAGUCUCCUUACCAGUUUCCUACGCACACCACAGCUCUGUAUCAGGGAAUUAUUCAACUGCUGCUAUACUUCUCUUGGGUCUGGGUUGGCCUGGUGGUUCCAGAUGAUGUUAGGGGAGAACUCUUCCUUAGGGACAUCACAGAGGAGAUGACCAACCAUGGACUUUGUGUUGCAUUUGCAGAAAAGGUUCCAGAAUUUCCUGCUAAGGACACAGUAAACAGGGGACUUUUUAUGAGAAGAUUCACACUGACACGUGUUAUCGUUGCAUUUGGUGACACGUAUUCUCUUCUGAGAUUUGUCUAUAACAUCUUCUGCAAUAUUCCUUUUGGUAAUGUCUGGAUCACAACUUCUGAUUGGGAUAUCACCACAUUGCCCUUUGAACAAAAUCUAGGUUAUACAUACUUUGGUGGAGGGUUAUCAUUUUCUGUUCGCAUGGAUCAAAUUCUGGGAUUCAAGGAUUUUCUUGGAAGUGUUCAACCUAGAAAAUACCCUCAUGAUAUCUUUAUUCAGGAUGUGUGGUCGAUCUUAUUUGAAUGUCCAUAUUUUGAUCAGCACUGGAUCAGGGAACUGAGUCAAUGUGAGCUAAAUGGCAGCCUGAGCACACGACCUCUGCAUCUUUGGGAUAUGAAUACCUCACCCUCGAGCUACAAAGUCCAUGCUGCUGUAUAUGCCAUUGCCCAGGCACUGCAUGAGGAGCUGUCACUCGGAAUAGAAGGAGACUUAUUCAAUAAAGGCGUACCCCAAGCUCCUCUCCCAUGGAAGCUUCAUCCAUUCUUACAAAAGAGCCAACUUGGGAGAAGCAACAAUGAGGAGAAUGUUGUGAACAAGGAGGUUCCAGUAACCAAGCUUGACAUCCUUAAUUACCAGUCUCUGCAGAGUGAUACCAAAGCUCAAGUGAAAGUUGGCGAGUUUGUCUUUGAAUCUCACAGUGAUCAGCAUUUUUUCCUAAAUGACAAACUCAUAAGUUGGGGUGAACACCAUAAUCUGACUCCUGUAUCUGUUUGCAGUCAGAGUUGUCCACUUGGAUUUAGGAAAACACUUGUUGAACGGAAACCAUUCUGUUGUUUUGAUUGUCUCCCAUGUCCAGAUGGAGAGAUUGCAAAUGAAACAGGUAUUUCUAAAAUAAAUAUGAAUGUAGAAAUUUUGGAAAUGAUUCUGAAUAUGGAAAAUAUAGAAGUAGUUCUGAAUGUGGAAAUUUCUAGAAAUGAUUCUGAAUGUGGGAAUGAUUCACAACAGGGCAGGGACACAUUCUCAGAAUGGGUGAAAGCCUACCCUACAAUAAAAGGAGACUGCCAGUGUGAUGGUAAAAUGCUUCUGGAAGACAUUAUACCCAGGUAUGGUUUGCCUUCCCUGCUUGGGUCUGACAAUGGACCAGUCUUCAUCUCUCAG